UCCUUCACGCCCAAGAUGGCGGCCGGUGGCAGCAGGGGGGGAAGUGGGGGAGUAGGUCACGUGGCCACCUCGAGCACUGACGUGGACUCUCUCCCACGCCCUCCCCGUGGCCUGCCUAACGUGUCCCUCUCGGCGCCCCGUCAGCGUUCCCUUCCCUCCCAGCCUCCGGCCCGAAUGGCGGCGCCCAGCGGCCGUGGCAGCAGCGGUGCCCCCAGCCCACACCCCUGGGCCUCACUCCUCCUGCUCCUGGCAACAGCGUCGGCGGCAGCGGCGGCGGGCGGCAGUGACGGUGACCGCGCCGUAGACUUUGACGUGCGGCCCGGCGGGGUGGUGCACUCCUUCUCGCAGAGCCACGCGCAGGCGGGAGGACACACCUGCACAUUCACAUAUGCUGCUCAAGGUGGGACUAAUGAGCAAUGGCAAAUGAGCCUGGACCUCAGUGAUGACAGCCGACUCCUCACCUGCGUCAUUUGGAGGCCCCAGGGAAAGUCUUACCUGUUCUUUACUCAGUUUAAGGCAGAAGUGCAGGGAGCAGAGGUCGAAUACGGCAUGGCUUAUUCUAAAGCUUCAACUGGAAAAGAUGCAGAUGUUCCCCUGAAACCUGAAGAAUUUGAAGUGACCAGCACAGCAGUGACCCACAGACAAGGGGCAUUCCGAGCUGAACUGUCCAAAAUCGUGUUAGUGGCCAGAACAGGCCAUGUUGAACUGUGAUCUGAAGCCUCGUCCAAAGUUUGUCUUGUCUUGUCUCUACUGAAGUGACCGGAGGGGACCAUAUCAUGUGCUGGUUUCUUAGGGGGUGUUUUCUUGGUUUGCCACACAGAUGUCUACGUUGCUGUAUUUGGGGUGUUAAGGCCAGGACUCUGCAGGUGUCAGAGGGAGUAAAGCUCAGAAGCCUCUCUUUCAGGCCAGUAGGAGUGGCCCAGAUCUCUGGCUUGCCCUCAGACAGCCUGUCACUGCUUUUCCUUCCAUACCUCAUGGUACUUCUGUUCCAAACAAGACUACUUUGAUGCUUCCUAAGAAGGUGGGGCUAAAGAAAAUGGUCCCAAAGGGGCCUCAGAAUCACCUCAAUAUUGCAGGAGCAGACUUGCUUUCCUGCCCAGAUGUGUGCCUCUGUCCAGGGCCCUUUUUUCCCCAGACGAAGGGAAGCCAACCACCUGCUGCUCCACGUCCAGAUCUGAAAUCAUCGGUAUGAGGAAGGGGCAGGGCAGUUUGACUCUGACGCAAAAAUCCAGCCAACUUGUUGCAUCUCUCAGUACACUUUCAGGACUAUUUUCCUAUGUCUACCCCAUUUAUUUCCUUGUAGAUUGACUGUGAAGGGAAUUCAACAUUCUUUCAUGUCCAAAUAAAUGAGGGGGGGGCCAGGGCAAGGUUAAAAACUA